AUGAGAUCCGAGGACUACCAUGAUGAUUGUUCAAUUAGUUCACCAAGUAGAGCCUCGGGCUCUCUCCCCCUGCAUCGUGAAAUUCUCUUCAUUGGCACAGCUUGUAUGGUACAAGUUUUGACCCAAGGCGGAUUUGGCCAAACGCUCUCUAUUCCUCAUAUAAUCGGUCAAUCCUUCGGGACGGAGAAUCAGCCGGGCGAAUUAAGCUGGUUUACUUCGGCCUAUGGCCUGACCAUGGGCACAUUCAUUCUGAUCGCUGGCCGCUUAGGCGACAUGUUUGGCUACAAAAAGAUGGUGGUUUUUGGGUUUCUAUGGUUAGGGGCCUGGUCUCUCGUAUGCGGUCUCGCGGUAUUUUCGGGGCAUGGGCUUUUUAUCGUCGCGCGAGCAUUUCAGGGAACUGGUUCUGCAAUUCUGCUGCCGAAUACCAUUGCCCUACUAGGCUCCAACUAUCCUCCGGGUCCACGAAAGAACCUCUUUUUCACAUUGUUCGGUGCUGCUGCCCCCGCGGGCGGAGUCAUAGGAGCUACUUUUGCAGCCCUAUUUGGCCAAUUGGUGUGGUGGCCCUGGGCGUUCUUCACACUCGCAAUGGCCUGCACCUUUCUGGCUGUGAUAAGCCUUAUAUCGAUCCCUCCUGUAAUCAAAAGCAACCACCGGCAGAGCUUUGAUUUCUUGGGCGCCAUGACCGGGAUUGUCGGCCUGGUUUGUAUCAACGUCGCGUGGAACCAGGCUCCGAUUGUCGGAUGGUCGGAAGUAUAUGUUUACAUCCUCCUCAUUAUCGGGUUUCUUUUUCUUGUGGCUUUUGCCCUUGUCGAACUAUAUCAGGCCUCAUUUCCUCUACUGCCGUUUAAUAUCCUCUCAGUCGAUGUUGCGCUAGUUCUCAUCUGUGUCGCCUGCGGGUGGGGGUCGUUCGGUAUCUGGAUAUAUUAUACCUUCCAAUUUCUCCUGGUUUUUCGAGAUGUCACCCCGUUGCUCGGGGCUGCGCAAUGCUGCCCUCCAGGAGUCCUCGGUCUCGGCAUUGCUCUCACCACAAGCUACCUCCUUUCUCGAAUGCGACCUGAUUACGUAAUUACAAUUUCCAUGGCUGCAUUCACUAUCGGAAUGAUUGUCACAAUGACUGUACCUGUUCACCAGACAUAUUGGGGCCAAAUCUUUCUUGGCAUGAUUAUUGUGCCCUGGGGGGUGGAUAUGAGUUUCUCCGCAGGAUCGAUUAUUAUCUCUGGCCUAGUCUCACGGGAGCAUCAGGGUAUAGCUGGCUCACUGAUAAGUACCGUGGCGAAUUACAGCAUGUCACUUGGACUGGGAUUUGCAGGAACCGCGGCAAGUCAGGUCAACAGAAGAGGAAACACAAGUGACCAGGGCCUGCAGGGCUUCAGGGCAGCAUGGUAUGUUGGCUGUGGAUUGGCGAGUCUGGGGCUUGCUGUGAGUAUUAUCAAAAUGAUUUUGGACCGAAGGCGCUCUGUGGGUAGAUGA